CAGGCACCGGUCCUUUUCGUCCAUAUUGAAAGGUAGGUGAAUACCUCCCCUUCAUCCAAUUGUAAGGAAGUUAUCAUAGUAGCUGCUAACUCUCGAGAGGAAGACAUUGUGUGUUCGUUCUCGCCUCAUAGCAAGCGACCAGAAUCGAUUUCCUCAUCACUCGGCAUGGCCGAGUCACUCCUUUUCAGCAUCGCAGAGAGCGUGUUGGGGAAAAUAGCGUCGCCGGCGCUCCAAGAAGCCGUGGCUAUUUACAGCGUUGAAGAUCAGAUCCGCGAGCUUAGGGAGACGUUGACUGCCAUUAAGUCCGUGGUGUCAGAUGCUGAGGCACAGCAGGCGAAGAGCGACCGUCUGCAAGUGUGGUUAGAUCGGCUUCAACAUGUAUUUUACGAUGCGGAGGAUGUGCUCGAUGAACUCGAAUGUGAAGUCUUGCGGAAGCAGGUUAUAAGUCGCUAUGGAGGCAUCAAAGGGAAGGUACGCCGCUUCUUUUCCCUCUCGAAUCCACUCAUGUUCCGUGCGAAAAUCAGUCAUGAAAUCAAGGAGAUUCAGGAGAGGCUAUCCAGAAUUUCCACACAGAAAGAUCAAUUCGAUCUUAAUGUGCAGAGUGUUGACAAUGGUGUGGCACAUACUCGAUCACAAGAGAUGACUUACUCGUUCAUAAACAAGUCAGAUGUCGUCGGAAGAGAUAUUGAUAAAAAAAAGAUAAUUGAGAUGUUGAUGCGGCCAGGUGACAAAAACCUCUCGGUGAUUCCAAUUGUUGGAAUAGGAGGUUUGGGCAAGACGACCCUAGCUAAAUUAGUUUACAACGACGAUAGUGUGAAAGAACAAUUUGAGUUGCGACUAUGGGUAAGUGUGCCGAAGGACUUCGAUUUAAAGAAAAUCAUUGAAGGAAUUAUUAAAGAUGCAACUAGUCAAAGUUUGAGUAACCUUGACAUUCAACAGUUGCAAACUCGUUUGCAAGAAACCAUCAAAGUCAAAAAAUAUCUACUUGUCUUGGAUGAUGUAUGGAGCAAUGACCGCCGUAGAUGGAAAGAAUUGAGAGAUUUGCUAAGCGUAGGGGCUAGUGAAAGCAAGAUAAUUGUGACAACACGUAGCUCGGAAGUCGCUUCUAUAAUGGGUACCCAUCAAGCUCAUAAGCUAGAAAGUCUUUCUCGUGAAGACUCUAUGGUCUUAUUCAAAAAAUGGGCAUUCGACGAAAAGGAAAAGGAACCUCGUCCCAAACUCAUUGAGAUUGGAAAUGAUAUUGUUAAACAAUCACAAGGACUGCCUCUACUUGUGAUAAUUUUGGGGAGUCUCCUUCGCACGAAGGACGAAGAAAAGUAUUGGGCAUAUGUAAGAGAUAGCAAAACAUGGGGGUUGGUGGAAGUAGAAAAGGACAUUCGACCGGUCCUUAAGCUUAGCUAUGAUGAUUUACCAUCCCACUUAAAACAAUGUUUUCCUAUCUUAUCACUUUUGCCCAGAGGAGAAAAACUUGAGUCCGCGAGAUUAACUUGGCUAUGGAUGGCUUUAGGUCUCAUUAGUUCAACAAGGGAAAGACUAGCACCGGAAGACGUUGGUGUUGAAUACGUGAAAGAGUUGUGGAGGAGAUCCUUGAUCCAAGAUGUCGAGGAGUGGGACUCAGAGUUAGUAUUUGAAGUGCACGAUUUGGUCAAUUCUCUUGCAACUAGUGUGGGACAAAAUUAUUGCUCUAUUGUUGACUUGCAUACUCUAGAGAUUUCAGAAGGAGUUCGGUACAUUUCGAUCGCUACUGCUUCGUUAGAGGCAAUCUCAAACUACGAUGGAGUUUCACCUUUUCUGAGAAAGAAAACUUCAAAGAGGCUACGCGCAAUUAUAUUUCAAUACAUAGUUGGUGAUGGAGUUAUUAGUAGAAAAUUUGCUAGAACGUGCAUAUCCAAGUGUAAGCACUUACGGAUUCUCGAUUUGUCAUAUGGUAGCUUUGAGGAGCUACCAAGUUCCAUAUGCAACUUGAAGCAAUUGAGAUCGUUAGAUCUCCAGGAGAAUAAGCGGUUAAAGAAGCUUCCAUAUACCAUUUGCGAGCUGCAGAGUUUAUUAUGUUUGGACCUGAGUGGUUGCUCGGAGCUAGGCAAGUUACCCAAAAAUAUGGAAAGGCUCGUCAAUCUUAGAUACCUAUAUUUAACAACAAAGCAGAAGAGUCUGCAAGAAAGCGGAAUACAAUAUCUAGAAAACCUGCAGGAAUUGGGACUCGACACAUGUGAAAAUCUCCAAGUUUUGUUUGAAGGUACUUGCCGACUGACUUGCCUUCGGAAGUUAGCAAUUCGACAUUGUGGGAGACUAACAUCUCUGCCUUUUAAGGAAUUAAUCUCCCUAGAGUGGUUGACCAUUAUUAGUUGCCCGCUCAUGUUGAUCCCGGAGAUAAAGUCCAGCUUUCCGUCACAUCUUCGUGUACUGUCAAUAACAAAUUUCGAACAAGUGAUGGAGCUGCUCCAGUGUCUCGAUGAAUCUGCCUGCAUUUUGGAAUCGUUUUGCAUCUAUGAUUGCCCGAGCUUCACGGCUAUACCCGAAUGGCUGCCCAAUCAUACACGUCUUAGGGAAAUUCGCUUGUUCCAAUGUCCCAACUUAUCAUCAAUGCCGCAACGAAUCCGGUCCCUCACUGCCCUCAAAGAGUUACGCAUAGAACAGUGUGGUGAACUAAGCAAAAGAUGUGAGCCACUAACCGGCGAGGAUUGGCACAAAAUCGCUCACAUUCCUCGAAUUCAACUUGAUUCGAUUAAAAUACAAUGGACGGAUGUUUAGAUGAACUCCCAUGAUCUAUUUGCCAUGCCAUGUGGAACUUCACAACGAUCUGGACAUGCACUCGGCUAAUCCUUCGUCAAUCUCUUUCAUUUCCAGUGAUGAAAACAAUGGCUAUUGAUAUUGUAGCUUUUACUUUCUUUCCCUGAAUGAGUGUUGUUUUAUAUUAUUCGCUUGUGUUUGUAUUGCAAAUUUCUCUAUUGAGUAAAUGCCCGAUUCGUAUUGUGUGAGACCAA